AAUUCCGCCUGAAAGCGUCCAGGCUUCAUUCACCAGGAGAUCACAGCAGCAGGGCUUUAAGAUGACAUCAGUCUUCUCCGAGUGAACUGACUUCGUUUGCAUGCAGGCUUCAUUUUCUCGCCUCAGGUCCGUUUAAGGUGAUUUAAUCUGAGGAAUUCUUGCUUGGCUAAAACAUGCGGAGAAAAGCAAGACACCAUGGAUCAUGAAGACAAAACAGGAUAUUGGAAACGCGUAAAACUCCAUACCUCCAUCAGCGCCUGCUCUUCUUACGAGACUUGAGCUCGUUUUUCCAGCUGCAAAUCUCCUUUUUACCUGGAGUUAUUUUUAGUUUUAAGCUUUUUUCGUAGUAAGCUUUAGUUUAACUUCUCGUUUACCUUCAUUUUUUAUUCUCAUCAUUUUUGAGGCGGGAUCUCCUGUAGGUAAAUGUCUUCUAGUGGAUGUAAGAUACUUUGGGGGUUCAUCCUGGAUUGGAGAAUAUUAAAGUUGUAGAGGUGGACGAUCCUUCCGAGGGAUGGUUCUAGGCUCUGUCUGGGAUCAGGGAGCGACAACCCGGCUCCUCCAGAGGACUUUCCCGUCCCGGUGCCUAUGUAGUGGACCUGAGAGGAGAUGAAAGCCGCGGUCUACCACCUCGUCGUCGGAUUCUUUUGGUUGUUACCGUUACGCACCGCAGCUGAGGAGUCUCCGCUUCCCCUGGAGCUGCUGGAGCGGCUCUCCCGCAGCGACAUCCGCAGCAUCAGCGACCUCCAGCGGCUGCUAGAGAUAGACUCCAUAGAGAACGAGGUGAUGGAGGAGACCAAACACAGCUAUUACAAGGUCUUCUCUCAUAGCUUCCUCGACCAUAAGAAAACACAAGCGAGACUAAAGAGGAGCACGGUGGUGGAGGAAGCCGUACCAGCAGUGUGCAAAGUGCGUGCAACGAUUUAUGAAAUCCCCAGGAGUCAGGUGGAUCCCACCUCCGCCAACUUCAUCAUCUGGCCUCCCUGUGUGGAGGUGAACCGCUGCACUGGCUGUUGCAACACCAGCAACACAAGGUGUCAGGCAGCUCGUAAACAACACCGUACAGUCAAGGUGGCAAAGGUGGAGUACGUACGACGGCGGCCAAAGCUGAGGGAGGUGCCGGUGACCCUGGAGGAUCACUUAGAGUGUGUCUGUACCAAUAAACAGCACAUCGACCUGAACCCUGACACAGAUAAUGAGACUUACUUGUCCGUGAAAAGUUCAUCAACUCUGCAACAGCUGAGGUAUUCCUUAAAUUUGAAGCAUGUAAGUGGUAGUCUAAUGCUAUUGGUUAGUUCUGAUCGGCGCUGUUUCCUGUUGCAUGGAGCUUUGCAGGGCAGGGGGCGUGCUUAGCAAACAAAUAAAUAAACGUAUUGCUUACAUUAUAUCACAGUACAUAAGAUGGUCCCUUUUACGGAUUUCAGAAAAAUCAUACUUAAUUUCUGAAAGGAGAAAACUCUGGAAAGCUACUUUCAUUUCAUUUUAUUGUUUGAAAAUUUUGACAUGAUAACAAACCUGCAGCAAUAGAUGAGUAAAGCUUUACUCCAAUAGUGUAUGUUCUUGUGCUGGAUUUAACAAUAAGACAUGCAUGACAUCCUUUAUCUUUUCUCCCUCAGGCAUCAGAUGAAGAGGAACAACCUGGUGACUCAGUGUAGGAAAGACAAAGAUCUAAACAAGAACCACCCAGAACAUCCUCUCAGCUGUAAAUCAACCAGCAGGAGUAAUGGAGUCUAACAAUAUUAUGGGAUGUUUGGCAUUCUCACAGAGGACGAUGAUUUCUCAGUGAAGAGAAGAAACUUGUCAGCCCAACAGAACUGAUCUGGGAUCUGUGACUCUGGGAAAAAUCUUACCUGUCCUGAUCUUUCACAUUAGUGGGACUGAUAUUUUAGGUUGGACUGUUUUUUCCACAAAUAGUGACAUGGGAUUGGUUUUGUUACUCCUUCCUCUGUAAAAACAGAAAAUAAACUCACUCAUGCAUUCAUAUCUUUAUGUUUUUAUAACAUUAUGCUUUUAUUGCUGUUUGUUUAUAUUUCUGGUUUAUUUUCUGCAUUAGGAUUAAAAAUGUGGAGACACGUUACUGACAAUAAAGUCUAUAUAUGAAACAAAUGUGGUGAUGAGAAAACUUGAUGAUUAUGAUGUGGAGUUGAAAAUCUGUGGUUGAUUCACGUGGGAACAUAAAAUACUGACAUUCUUUAUUUUUUCACCUUUUUACCAAACAACCAGAAGAAAUCUUCUUUUGAUUCCUUUGUGUGAAAACACAGCCACUUUUCAGUUUUGUUUAAUAAUCUUUAAAAAUGUUAAAG